GAAAGUACUACAUAUUAAAUUAACAAAGUCGGAAUAACUCUUUGAUAGUUAGGGUCAUUGAUGAGAUGAUUUUAGCUUGUUAUGUGUUUAGGCUUUGAAGAUGGAGUUUAAUUAAAUGCCAGAGAAUUUCUUUGUAAAAUUGAUUACAUUGUUUGCAAGUUGUUGGCGACGUUAGUCGUGUUUAAUUGCAUUUCAAGCACUCUAAAAGAUAAAACAAAUUCUUUAUGAAAUCAAAUAACUGCAUUGCUGAGAUAAAAAUAUUUGUUAAAGUGAUUGCCCCGAUUAUGUUUUCUUCAUAAUGGUAGCCUGAAUAUUCAGUAUAGGACCGCCGGACAAUCCAAAACGCCGCGUAAUCUUGCCAUAAAUUAUAAAUUUCACUAUUCAAAAAAAAGAAACACAGGUUAACAAUGAACAAAAACAAGCAACAAAUAGGCGAUAUUCGCGAUCAAUAGGCGUUUCACUGCAGGAAUUUCCUUCUGGUAUUAUCUGAUUCUUAAAGUUGGUUUUUCUUAUCACUAUUUGGCUCAUUUAACCCUAUCGAAUAUCCGGUGCUAUGCGGCCUAUAUACACGGCACUUGUGCUUACAAAAAUACAAUAUUUCUCUUGAAAAAAGAAUGUAUAUGAACCAUAACAUUAAUGUGGUAAGUUUCAAGGAUGGAAUGGAGGCGAAAAUCAUGACUAAAUAAUAGUAUUAGAAAACAUUACUGUCACUUGGGAUAACAAAAUGAGCAGGUAAUCCGCAUGAGUCCGUAUAGAAAUAAUUUGUUUAAACAAAUUUCCGGUUUACGCAUUGUGGACCAAUCAGGUAGGCAAUAAUCGCGCCCACGUAUCUAUUAAGAAUAAAAUACGCACAUAAUAGCCAAUCGGAAUGCAGUUACCAUGCCGAUAGCCAGCUUGUCUUUCAAUGCCUAACACUAACUCUUUGCGCUGGCUUGGGACGAAAGUUUGGUCGGUUUAAUCAUUUGAUCGAAUUGAGGUGCUGAACUCGAACGUAAUAUUGGCAAAGAAGGAGUUAAACGCAUCUUUGUUGGGUGUUUGGCCAGUCGUGUUGUUCAGAGGUUUUUGAAAUGAAGAGCCAUAGCCGCUUCACAGAUCACGACAGAAGUGGUGGUGAGGAACUUGACGAAGGUGUUAUUGAAGUGCAGGUUAUACCACAAGAUGACAAUUGGGGAGAAACAGCAACGACAAUCACUGAGACUACAGCAACAUCAGUAAUCAGUGGGAUUAGCGACACAAAUCUCAGUGAUAUUGGCAAAGACUUUCAACCAUGUCGUUUCAAUUUUCGCCGUCAUUGUGGUUUUGCCGUAACUCUUAUACUUGGUAUUCUGGGCGUCUUCUCACCAGUUGUGUUCGUCAUCAUUCCUAUUCUAUUGGGAGAGCCAGGCGGUUAUAAGAACGACUGUUCCUCUCAAGGCAGUAACUUGAAUGAGUGUGAUGGCUUGUAUAUGAGUUUAGGAUUUCGUGAAGUCAUCUUAAUUGGGGGCAUAUGGGCCCUGUACUUUCGUACUCCUCGCAUUAAUUUUCCCAGAGUAAAUCGUUUGAAAAUUGGCGUUAUGGGACUGGCGUUCAUAAUUGUGAUGUCCUACUGGGUUAUAUAUGCGUAUCGAGUGCUUGAAGAAGGUUCAAAAUCAUCUAAAUCGGUUGCGCAGUUUGCUUUGUCUCUCGCAGACACGUUGUUAUUUGUGCAUUACUUAUCAUUGGUCGCUCUGUGGUUCCGUCAGAGUAGAGUUACGUUCACAAUGAAAGUUAUUCGAAGUACGGACGGCGUAAGUCGUUUCUAUAAUGUUGGCAUCAUGUCAAUACAACAAGCGGCAGCGUUUGUACUCAACCACUACUAUAAAGACUUCCCCGAGUAUAAUCCUUUACUCAUGUCUAUCCCUUCAGCACGUAAAGGUCAGAAGAAAGAAACAACAAAUAUCAAGUUUUACGAUAUCGAUGGAAAAGUGGGCAACGCAAAUGACUCUUCAAAUGCAAACUCUCGUGCUCGUGCGGUGAUCGCAGCAACUGCGAGAAAACGUGAGUCAAGACACAAUGAUCGUUUUUACGAAGAAGAAGAAUACACAAGACGGGUAAAGAAGAGACGAGCACGAUUGAUUACGGCCACCGAGGAAGCGUUUACACACGUUAAGAAACUCAAACUAGAGCGAGGUCCUUGCGUUCCCUUGGAUGCAGAGGAAGCCGCUCAAGCUAUAUUCCCAUCAUUGGCAAGACCAUUACAGAAAUAUUUACGAACAACUCGACAGCAAUAUCGCUAUUCUAUGGAAUCAAUACUCAAGCAUUUGGCACACUGCUUGAUAUUUGAUAUGACUCCUAAAGCUUUCUUAGAGAGAUAUGUCAGUGAGCAACCAUGUGUUCAACUUUUGGCAGAAAACAUUAAAAGCUGGAGUUUGGUUUGCGAGGAACAAUUAACUUCGAGUAUUACAAAGUCGACUGUGUUUCAACUUCUAAGGGACGAGUAUUCAUUAAUCAUUACAGUGAAUGAACUGCCACAGUAUGAUAUAAACGAGGAGGACUUCGAUUUCGACGACAAUCAGUUCGUAUUGCGUUUAAAUUCUGAAACAUCUGUGUAAUUUAUUAUGAGUGUUCGCCUUAGGAAGCGAAAAUGAUUAUAGUUGUAUAUAUAUAUAUAUAUGCACAAACGCUUUUAUAAGUGCUAAACAAAUAGGCACUUCAGGGGCUGACAGAGCGGCGCGUUUUGGCUGGGGGACGUGUGGUGCCUAAGUGGCUAACUGGCUGCAGGCGUACAGCUGAACUUGCAGUACAUAGUGUUUGGACGUUGUUGUACUAAAUGUUUUAAUAAAGUGUAAUUUACUUACUUCUCAGUGUCUUAGAA